CACAAAUACAGCAUAAGCAAACAGCAGAGAAAACCUACAUAUAUAAAUACACUCACAUACAUAUACAUAUAUGUAUAUACAAAUAUAUUUUUGCAUAGAGUAAAACUCAAGCAUAUAACGAAUACGAGACAUAUCUGAGAGUCAACGAUCGGGCGCUUGAUUGAGUUUAAUUGCGACAAAAAUAAUUUAUAAUUGAAAAAUGUUAUGAGACGGCUUAAGUAAAUAUUGAACAACUUAUCUGAUACAGCAGAGAGAACCUAAAAGAAAGGUGUAAAAGUACGAAGAACGUUCCACAUUCGCCGCAGAUUUCAACGUAGCCAAUCAAGAGCUAACACCACAAACAGGAAGCACAAACUUUGGGGAUAUGAACAAAACGAGACCGUCAAAAGCCGGACUUCCGGUGCUUUUAGUGACUCUUCUGCUUUUUGUUGCCCAGGCCGCGGAAAAUGAAGGUGACAUUGCAGCUUUGCCGCCGGAUGCAGACAACGUGGAGAUUCAUCAUGUGAAGGUCGUGGACGGUGUCAUGCACGAGGAUCAUCCGGAGGUAAUGUACAAAGAGGACUUUGUCAGCGAGGACUACGAUCCCAACAAAAACGAAACCAAAGUGCACCAUCGAAAGCUGUUCAAGGGUCAGCAGCGGAUUCGGCAUCAUCACCUAAGACCUCCGACAAAAUCGGUUGCGGUCGAGGAAAAGAUCGUAUUUGAUGUGCUGCCCGAAACGCCACUCAUAUUGGGUGAUGAUGACUCUGUUGCCGACAAGUAUGAGGUCGCCCAGCUUGUGCAGCCCUUGAAGCAGGAAUCACUACAGAAGUAUCCCAAAAAGUAUCACAGUCGCCAGCGUCGCCAGGCUGACAAUCCGUAUGUGCGUAAAGCCUAUAAGAAUGAAUACUAUGGAAAGGCAGCACCAGCACCCUACUAUCUGCCCAUUCAACCGCAAUAUCACUAUCAAAGGAUUCCGGUUGUUGGCAAGAAACCAAAGUAUCAGGGAAAACUUCCGUUUUGGCAGACCCAAAAACCUUCCCUCAAGCCGAUGCGCAUUGACAACCGUGACGAUUUUGGCGAUGAUAAUGAAAACAGCCUGUUUCACAAUUCGAAUCCGGACGAUGCGGACUUCUCGGUUUUCGAUCAGCCCAGACCAGCUACCGGCGGCAACAACGGCAACAAUUUUCAGUCACCCCCAGUGCAAGAAUCAGAGUCUGGGCCAGUUUGGGGAUCAAGUCAAGGGCGACGUCCAAGUAGUGGCCCAGCACGGACACCUGACAUACAGUUUCCAUCGUGGCCUCCAACAACCAGCCGACCAGAAGUAUGGUCACCACCAACCACCCGUCGACCGGCGCCACGGCCGCAGGUCACAAGCUCACCCGGAGCACAGACCACACCGCGGGUGUCCAACUGCGUGUGGGCAAUUGUCAAUUGCUGUUCGCAGGGAAGCAAUACGAUUCGAUACAACUGCUUUGAGGAGUUCGGCUGCCACGGUGCCUUCUGGGGUGUUAAUCCCUGUGCCGACAACAUUCGCGACCGUGCGAUAGCCUCCUUAACGCGAUCGUCUAAAUAGGCGCAGUCUGCGCUGGGCCAUUAAUCUAACAAAAAGUAUUCGGAUUGUUUUGUAUGGCUGUGUGCCCAAUUUCAAUGUAAUUUUAAUAGCUAUACAGGAAAUCAUUUUAAUUUAUUUUAAGCUAGGUCUAAAAUCGAAAAUAAAGCAUCCUCUUGAUCACCAUAAAA